GACAGUAAUAUCAGCAGCAACUCCCUCCCAACUACCAUAUUCUUAACAGGUAUUCCAGGGCUAGAGAGUGCGUACCUUUGGAUAUCCAUUCCCUUCUGUACUAUGUAUAUGGUGGCUCUGGUUGGAAACUUCAUCCUCAUCUUUGUCAUAUGUACUGAUCACAGUCUCCACACUCCAAUGUACCUUUUCCUCUGUCUGCUCUCAUUCACAGACUUAGCCCUCAGCUCCACUACUGUGCCCAAAAUGUUGGCAAUCCUGUGGCUUCACGCUGGUCAGAUUACUUUUGGAGGCUGUCUGGCCCAGAUGUUCUUUGUCCACUCCAUAUUUGCUCUAGAGUCCUCUGUCCUCCUGGCUAUGGCAUUUGACCGCUAUGUGGCCAUCUGCAACCCACUGAGAUAUACAACCAUCCUCAAUCAUGGUGUCAUUGUCAGGAUUGGCCUUGCUGGAUUAAUUAGGAGUGUGGCUAUUGUCUCCCCAUUCAUCUUCCUGUUGCGGAGACUCCCAUAUUGUGGGCACCACAUCAUGGCACACACAUACUGUGAACACAUGGGGAUUGCCCGGCUGGCUUGUGCUGAUAUCACAGUGAAUAUUGUCUAUGGCUUGACUGUGGCCCUCUUAGCCAUGGGACUGGACUCUGUGCUCAUAGCAGUAUCUUAUUCUAUCAUUCUCCAUGCUGUAUUCCAUCUUCCAUCCCGUGAAGCACGACGCAAGGCUCUGGGAACAUGUGGGUCCCACAUUGGGGUAAUCCUUGUUUUCUAUAUCCCAGCUUUCUUCUCUUUCCUCACUCAUCGCUUUGGCCGCCAUCAUGUCCCCAAGCAUGUCCAUAUCUUUCUGGCCAACCUAUAUGUGUUGGUGCCGCCUGUGCUCAACCCCAUAAUCUAUGGGGCCAAAACCAAAGAGAUCCAGAGAAGGAUCUUGAGGUUAAUGUCUCCAGGUCAAGACACUGUUUAA